AGUGCCCCCCCCUCCACCAACAUCCCCAUGCGUUUCCUCCUCUGCAUGAAAACUGCUGUCUGAGGGAAGUUGUGUGACACUGGCUGCGCCACGGAUGUACAGAUGCCGCUGGGACGCUCCUCCGCUCGGUCGCUGCGUGUGUGAGGACAUCCAGAAGCGAUGCGCGGUCUCGUCAAGGUGAGUCAAACAGAUCCUCAGCGCACGGACAACGAAAGCUGAUGUUAAAGUUUUGUCAAGUUUGCAGAAUUCAGGUUGCCGCUGCUUCUCCACUUGUUUAAAACUGCCUUCCCCACUUUGCAGCAGAUGGCACGUCCCACAGCCACUUGUGGAAUAUUCCUGGAUUACAGCACAGAGACUUGUUUGCUUCUCUGGGACUAGAGGUGUUGCAGAUGACUGUCACCUAUGUAACCCACCUGCAGAUUUCAGUCCGGACACACUUUGCUGAGAUGAAUACGUUAUACAUCGUGAUUGAACUAGUCAUCGCUGUUCUCUCCAUAUCCGGCAACGUGCUGGUGUGCUGGGCUGUCGCCAUCAACAGCACCCUGAAGAACGCCACCUACUACUUUCUGGUGUCUCUGGCUGUGGCUGAUAUCCUGGUCGGCUGCCUCGCCAUCCCCUUUGCCAUAAUCAUCAGCAUCGGCUUGCACCUGAACUUUUACGGCUGCCUCUUCCUCGCCUGUUUCGUCUUGGUACUCACCCAGAGCUCCAUUUUCAGCCUGCUGGCCAUCGCGAUUGACAGAUAUGUGGCCGUGAAGAUCCCGCUGAGGUACAAGCAGUUGAUGACGGGAAAGACUGCCAGAGAGAUCAUAGCAAUUUUAUGGAUCCUCUCUUUUGUCAUUGGCCUUAUUCCCUUCUUUGGGUGGAACUUGCACGAGAACUACAGGAGUGGCAGCAACAACAUCAGCAGCUUGAACACAACGAACUUUGACGAGAGGUGCAGAAGCAAGUGCCUCUUUGAGUGCGUGGUGGAUAUGAAGUACAUGGUGUACUUUAACUUCUUUGUGUGCGUGCUGGUGCCGCUGCUCAUAAUGCUGGGCAUCUACAUGAACAUCUUCACCGUGGCCAGGAAGCAGCUGAGACAGAUCGAGCUCAAGUGCGUGGGCAACGGCGACAACCAAAACCCGGGCCUGCUGCAGAAGGAGAUCCGGGCCGCCAAAUCCCUCUCCAUCAUCGUGGGACUUUUCGCCAUCUGCUGGCUGCCCGUCCACAUCCUCAACUGCCUCACGUUGUUUUACAAAGAUCUGAGGAAGCCCGAAGUCGUCAUGUAUGUGGCGAUUAUUCUGUCACAUGCCAACUCUGCGGUUAACCCAAUCAUCUACGCUUACCGCAUCCAGGACUUUAGGAACACGUUCCGCAAAAUCCUGGCCCAGCACUUCUUCUGCCGCAAAGAGGAGCUUUACCUCAGCUCCAACGGCAGCAGGCGCAACAGAGACCAGAUCAAGAUGACCAUUGAUCCUCUGCUAUAGAGGCGAAAGACUGUAUCAACGGUGUCAAGUCUUGAGGUUUCUAAUGUUUACAGAACAAUGUGAAGAUGAACUGAUGUCAAUCCCGCCUUGAAUGUAGACAUCUAUUUAUGAAUUGUGUUGGGUUUGGGGGGGGUGGGGAAGGGAUGGGGCAAUGUGAAAUGUUUAACAGCAAGUCUUAAACAACUUUCUUUUAAAGGAAUUUUAAUUGUUCAAAUAGUUGAAGCUAACUGGAUUUGCGGGAGACUGCGAGGAAGAUCCAAACCUAAGAUGCUAUUUAUUGUACUGAAUUCACCCUGUUCCAACUACAAACAUUCCUCUUUUUGUGCCCUACUGUUUUUAUACUCUCGACAUUCAGUGGCUGUGUUAAAAUAAUUUAUUUAUUACAAGACCAUGUCUUUGAGAAUGUAAUGAUCAACAGUGUGUGUGUGUGUGUGUGUGUGUGUGUGUGUGUGUGUGUGUGGAUCUGUACUUGUGGAGCUAAAGAAAGGUACAGUGUUAGUUAUCUUUAACUGUGGGUAUUUUGCAGCUCACAAACCUUUAAAUCAAUUCAUGCACAUAGAUGAAACUAUCUACUGAGAAGGACCCAUUAUUCAUUGAUUUCUGAAAUUAAUUAGGAAGGAGGUGAAAGUGUGAAGCUUUGCAUAUCAUUCAUUUGUAAACAAUACUUUACUCAGAUUAGAUGACCUCAUUGCUCCAUAAAUAAGCAGCAAUUUUGUAGUGCUAAAAGGUUUAUGGAAAAGGGAUAAUUUAGCAUUUUGGUUUGUGAGGUUCGGCUCCACAGGGUUUCAGUAAAUUACAUUUAAGAAUG